AUGGAGCAGAAAAUGCUCCGGAUCCUACAAAACUGCAAGAAUAUCCGAGAACUGAAGCAAACCCAUCUUCAGAUUUUCAUACAUGGCCUCCAGCAUAGCGAUUUUAUGCUACCGAAACUGAUCACUGUCUCCUCCGCUUUCAAUUUACUCGAUUAUGCGACUCAUAAAGAGGCAUUGCGUGUAUAUAGUCGAAUGAAGGCGUUGAUGGUUGAGGCCAAUAGUUUUACCUUUACCUUCCUUCUUAAAUGUUUUGAAACCUCACAAGCCUUGGAAGAUGGUAGAGUGAUACAUGGUGAAAUUUUGAAGUUGGGUUUUGGUUCUAGUGUGUUUGUUCAGAAUUCCCUUUUGGGUUUCUAUGCAAACUGCAGUGAGAAUUUAGGUUCUGCUUACCGGGUAUUUGAGGAAAUGCCUGAACGAGAUGUUAUUUCAUGGAAUUCUAUGAUUAGUGCUUAUAUGACUCGUGGGGAGAUACAAUCUGCAAUAGGGUUAUUGGAUAAGAUGCCAGAGCGGAACAUUGUGACGUGGAAUUCUGUUGUUUGUGGGCUGUCUAAGGCUGGGAACAUGGAGUUAGCUCAUUCUGUCUUUGAGCAGAUGCCACUGAGAAAUGAGGUUUCUUGGAAUUCAAUGAUUUCUGGAUAUGUAAGGAUUGGUGAUGUGAAGGCUGCACAGUCUAUUUUUGAUCAGAUGCCUGAGAAAACUGUGGUUUCCUGGACGGCCAUGAUUUCAGGAUAUGCAACAAAUGGAGAUCUUAAAUCUGCAGAAAACAUUUUCAAUCAUAUGCCAGUUAAAAAUGUGGUCUCAUGGAAUGCUAUGAUUUCAGGUUAUGUUCACAACCACGAGUUUGAUCAAGCUCUGUGUGUAUUUCAUCAUAUGUUAAUCAAUGGUGAGUGCAGGCCUGACCAGACUACUUUGAUCAGUGUACUGUCUGCCUGUGCUCAUUUGGGGUCUCUUGAACAUGGGAAGUGGAUCAAUUCAUAUAUUAAGAAAAACAAGCUUCACUUGUCAAUUCCAUUAGGCAAUGCUUUGAUAGACAUGUUUGCAAAAUGUGGAGAUGUAGAAAAUGCAAAAGAAGUGUUUCAUCAUAUGUCUAAAAGAUGUAUAAUCACAUGGACAACAAUGGUCUCAGGGCUUGCGGUUAAUGGGAAAUGUAGAGAAGCCAUAAAUCUCUUUGAUAAGAUGUGUCUAGAAGGAACAAAACCAGAUGAUGUUAUCUUCAUUGCUGUUCUGUCAGCUUGCACUCAUGGAGGUCUGGUGGAAGAAGGUAAAAGGGUAUUUGAUCAAAUGGUACAAGAAUUUGGUAUUAAACCCCGAAUUGAGCAUUAUGGUUGCAUGGUUGAUCUUCUUGGUCGAGCAGGGAAGUUAGAAGAAGCAGUCAGAUUCACAGCAAGAAUGCAUUUGAAGCCAAAUGCUGUCAUUUGGGCCACUUUGUUAUUUUGUUGUAAGAUUCAUGGAAAUGGAGAUUUGUUAAAAUCCGUGACUGAGAAAAUUAUGGAUCAGGAGCCGUCAAAUCCCAGCUAUUUAACUUUGGUUUCAAAUUUGAGUGCCUCAUUUGGACGGUGGGAAGAUGCCUUGAGCUUUCGGGUAGCAAUGAGACAGCAAAGAAUGGAAAAAGUACCUGGUUGUAGCUCAAUCCAAGUAGGGAACAGGGUCCAUGAAUUUCUAGCUAAGGAUACACGGCAUGUGCAAAGGAAGGAAAUUUAUAGAGCUUUGGAUUGUUUAAAUGGACAGUUGAAAGUUGAAUGUGAUUGUGCUAUAAGAAUAUCACAAUGACUAUUGCAGUAAGGAUGUUUACCCCAUGGUGGAUGAUUUAAAGAGUGGCAAAUAAGAACGAUGAAUAAUGAAAUUAUAUAUCACCUUUUGAGCAAAUUGCCAAGUGAAAGCAGGCACUUUUUGGCUGCUUUCAAGAAUGGGAAAACUUAUAUUGCAGUGUAGUAAAAUGAGAAGGUAUUUCACGAGAUGGGUGAUAUAAUAUAGAAAUUGAAUUGAAAAGUCUAAUUUAGGGUGAAGGAAGAGGAACUUUGCCCUGGUGAAACUGCAUUUUGAUGCAUGGAUGACUAAAUUUCUGAAUUGAUGUAUCUAGCAAAUGGGCUUGUGGGCACUUAGCAGGGAAAGAACUGUGGGCAGUGAAAAAGCAAUUGUUGUAAAGGAGUGCUACAUUUUCUUACAGAUUGGACAAGUAAUUUAACUUGGGCAGAGUCUCAUUACAAGAAUGCAACAGAGAUGGAAACAACUCCAUUUGGCUCUUGGCAAAGGAGCUUUUGAGUUUCUGUGUGCCAUUGUGAUACCAUUAGUUUGGUUUUGCUUCCUCUAAGCCUUUUUCAAGCAUACAAGUAGGAGCAAUUUUGAGAGGAUCAAAUCUCUGAUUGGGAAAGACAACAUGGGCACUUGUAACCAU